AGCUGACCCAUGCCACCGUUUACACACAGAAAGGACCCUGUGAAUCUGAGAGCAAGCAUUGCACUCUUCAGUCAUCCCCCCCAGUGUAAUCCCUGUCAGGGUCUUAAAAUUAUGGCAUGUUGGUUCUAAAGAAGCUCAUGCUGGAUAGGAUUUUAUGGAGACCAUGGCAAAAGAUGGUGCAGCACAAGAGGCAACUGUGACUCCCAACAAGGAUGUAAGUGAAGAUAACCUUAAAGGGUACACAGUUAUCUAUGUUUUAGGUGGUCCAGGUAGCGGAAAGAGUACACAAUGCGCCAAAAUUGCUACAUACUUUGGGUUUUGUCAUCUGAGUGUUGGUGAUCUUCUUGAAGCAGAAGUUGAGACUAGAUCUGAAUACGGUAAAAUGAUUGAGGACUGUAAGAAAGAAGGAAAGCUUGUUCCUUCCGAUCUGGUUGUCAAGCUUCUGCAACAGGCAAUGCAGAGGAGCCAAAACAAGAAAUUUGUCAUCGAUGGCUUCCCACGGAAUGAAGAAAAUCGUGCUGCCGCUGAAAGCUUUAUGAAAAUUGAGCCAGAUUUUGUAUUGUUUCUUGACUGCUCGGAAGAGGAGAUGAAAAGACGUCUUUUAAAUAGAAACCAGGGAAGAGUUGAUGAUAAUAUUAGCACAAUACAGAAGCGUCUUAAAGUCUACUUUGAAUGCACUCUUCCUGUAAUCAAUUAUUACAGCGCCGAGGGCAAUGUUCGAAAGAUUGAUGCUGAAAGGUCUCCUGAGGAGGUAUUUGAGGCAAUCAAGGACGUAUUCUUUGAGCUGAAAGAGAAGCAUGGGGAGACCCGCAUGACUCUGUAGUUUAUCAGGAUAAUAUUGUACUAGUUUGAAGUUUCCCCGAGAUAAUCUGUCAGGAUAACAUCUUUAUUUUUGGAAUACAAAAUGAAUUUCAAAGAGGGAUCCUCUAGGAACUCAAAGAGAUCGAUCAUCAUACAAUAUCCGAAGAGCUACAAAAUGAGGAACAUGAUUAAACCAAACACAAAGAUGAGGAAGUGUAUGUCCAUGAGUAGCAAGAGCAUCGACCGUCAUAUUACUUUCAUGGAAGAUAUGUCGAAUAAAAUUUACAUUAAAAUUUGGAUAGACUUAUGAUAUCCAGUACUAGAGAAUGUAACCACCGAGGAGGGUGCAGAUUAUGUGUAAUAAUUCGAAGAAGACACCUGCAACAUGUUUUUCGUAUAUUUUUCCAAUAAUGCACACAUUAAUAAUAGC